UUCACAAACGCGCAGUCUGCUACCGAUCAUACACCAGUUAACAUCUCCUACUUAUUAAGCUGAUAUUAUAAAUUAAUUUAAUUUGUUUGUGUAUUUAAGAUAUAAAUAAAAAUAAUAAUAAUGGCUGAUGAAUGGGCGCUUAAACCAUAUUGGCGAUCAUCUAGCUUUAAUAUGCUUACAAUAUGUGUUGCUUUUUUAACAUUCAUUGUGGUUGUCAAUUUUAAUGGAGUGACUGCAGCAUCCGCAAAAGGACAAUCAUCUGCAGCAAAUGAUUUCUUCGCCUUGGAGAAUUCUCUUAUCAACCAGUCCCAACAGAUACUAUCAGCCAACAAUGCCAAGGAUCCAAUUGAAAAGUUGAGACUUCUUUGUUUCAGCCGCGGUGCAACUGGAAUCAUCGGAUUAGGAAGGACUUUCAGAAACAUGGACGAUGAUGGAAGCAAAGCCCUCAACUUGGAGGAGUUUAUCAGAGGCAUUCAUGAGACCGGUCUGGAUGUUACCGAUGCUGAGAUAAAGCAAAUGUUCUCAAAGUUCGACACAGACGGCAGUGGAUCCAUCAACAUGACAGAAUUCCUGGUUAAACUGAGGCCGGCCAUGUCACAAAGUCGCUUGGAUGUCAUUGACAAGGCAUUUGCUAAAAUGGACAAAACCGGUGAUGGUGUGAUCACAAUUGCUGACCUAAAGAAUGUCUACUCGGUCAAGGAACAUCCCAAAUACCAAAGCGGUGAAAUGACAGAAGAUCAGAUUUUAAGUAAAUUCUUGGAGAAUUUCGAAGGACCACAAGGCAAUAAGGAUGGAAUUGUAACCAAGGAGGAAUAUGUAAACUAUUAUUCAACAAUCAGUGCCUCUAUUGAUAAUGAUGAAUAUUUUGACCUUAUGAUGCGAAGGGCAUAUAAACUUUAAGUUAUAUAAUA